AGCAAGGAGAUUGGUCUGUAGUCUCCAACCAUGGAGGGACUCUUGACCUUAGGUAACGGUCGAACUGCGGAUUUCCACAGACUAGGAAAGACAUGAUUAAUGCUGAAAUUAAACAAGUGAAUCAGUAAAGGCAAUACGUACGGAAGAGCUGACAGAAUAAGCCUAAGAUGCCAUCUAGACUAACAGCAGCCGAUUUGUUGUCUCGUAAGGCAUAGAGAAUGUCCUGCGAGAAAACAGGAUUCUAGUAAAAAUUAAGGUUAUUAUAAGUAGCUCUCCGAGGUAAAUUGCACCUGGAGGUGACUCCGGAGCAGAGGACACAAGAGAAAAACUUGUUUAACUCCUCAACUCAGAAGAGGAAUCUACGAUCUUCAGAUUUCUGUUGAACGAGACCUAGAUGUCUCAGCCUCUUCAAAAUAGCAGCAGGGUCUCUUAGGUUGCUAAAAGCAGAGUAAUAGUGCUGAUGCUUUGCUGCACGCACCGCACUCUGCGCUUUGUUCCUCAGUAUUUUAUAAGACUCAUAAUUUUUGUCCGUCCUGCAUUUUUUCCAUCUUCUUCGAGCAAGAUCGCGGCCUUCAUAAUAUUCUUGAUGUUGUUAUUUAAACCAGAGUACAAGAAGGUGCUUCGGGCGAAUAGUCUACGGGGCAUGCACAUCAUAGCAGCUCAACAGUAAAUUAUUGAAUAAUUUGAUUUUGCUGUCAAUAUCAUUUGCCUGCAACACCGGCUCCCAGUGCUCAAGAUCCUCCAAAAAGCGGCCACCAUCGAAGUUGCGAAAGUCUCUCACCCUGACAGCCCCCCUCUCACGAGGGUCAACCUUGACUCUGUAUGUGAGUUGAGAGAGCUUGCAUUAGCGCUAAAGUCGAAGAACGGGGACAGAUGAGUGCGUUUGAUAAAAAGUGCUAGCCGAUUUCCCUUACUCUUCGCCUCACGUGCGACUCUCAGUCGCUCGACUUUUCGUCGAAGAAAAAUCUGCAGCAAUCUGCAGUACCGACAUCGAAUAUAAAUUAUUUUUAUUGCAUGAAAAUUGUGGAAAUCUUGAAAGAAACAGAAGCGGAUACGAAAAAUUUAUUUGGACGUUAUGGCUCUCAGAGGAUGAAGGAUUGGCAGGAGAUCUUACGAUUAUAUGAGAAAGAUAAUAUAUAUCUUGCCGAAGCUGCGCAAAUGUUCAUGAGAAAUGUCAAUUACGAGAUCCCCAGUAUUAAGAAACAGAUACAGAAGUUGGAACAAUUAUUAACUGAAUUGGAAAAGAAAGAAGCAGAAUAUAAAAAAUCAGAAAAUAUCGCGCAUACGGAGUACAACGCUCUAUGUAAACAAUUAGGUAUAAAUGGCUAUAGUACAAUCAGAUGCGAGUUAAUGGACAAGGUGAAAGAGUUGCCGGAAAUUUAUCAGAAAGUGGCUGAGAAAACGAAGAGUUUGGACAAGGUUGUGGAAUUUUAUAGCGCAUUUGUUGAAUUCACUUCCGGCCAACAAUACGACAGUGAUUGUGUGUCGAUGAUUAAAUAUGUCAUUGAAAAGGGAAACACAACCACGUUUGAGUACACUUACGGAGAGGUACCAGUAUCGAUAAUUGAACCGCCAUUAUGUAUGCAAAUUGAUGAAGCUGAAAGUAAUGAGAGGUCUAGUGUAGAUGACGUCAUUGAUUUUGGUAAUUUAAAUCUGGAUGGAGAGAUUGAUUUUGGCGAGAAAAUUGAUUUAGAUGCAGGAGGUGAUAUUGAUUGGGGAGACAAAGGUGUAGAACAAUCUGCCGCGGGAGAAUUAGAUUAUAAUAUUUGUCUGGAGGAAUCUGGUAUAGUCGUGGAAGCGGCGGGUCACGAAGGCGGCAUAGCUACAGGAUCCGAGGCGUAUACGAUAUUAGAUAAUCCUUUAAUGAGAUCCGAAUUUAUCAAUCAGCUGUUUGAGCUGGAAGCAUUUAUGAAGUUACGUCUAUACGAAUUUAAAAGCGACGAUAAGAAUAAUCUUCUCAAUUUUAGUCAGAUGCAGGAUGCUUCAUCUGUUUUACAACUUUCUACUAUAGAGACUACUCAGAACAUGCUGGAUAAUGUUCAAGUUAUUCUCUCUGAGAUAUUGCAUAGCAAUGUCCAACACUUACAUAACAUCAAACAUUAUUCAAGGUACGUGGAUGUAGUGGCUACUACUUUAAAGCAAAAAUUGAAUUUGAUCGAUAGAAUGGUAACACAUCAAGAAUCUGUGCGACAGAAGCAAAAUGAUAUACAGAAUCAAAUCGAUAAGUUACGUCCGCUAUUAAAACUCAUUAUACGGAGAACUAAGGAACUGCAAACAGAGAUAGAGCAAGACAUUUCUAAGAAGUAUAAGAAUAGGAUGGUGUAUUUAACUGGGGGUGUAAAUACGUUGUAGGUAUCAGAUAAUGGAGAAAAAAAUUGUUAAAUUAUAUGUCAAAUGUAAAUAACAUCUAUUUGUAAGAUAAAAAUUGCUAUUGUAUAAUAUAUA